AUGAGUAGCAGUAGCAAUACUAGCAACAGCAACAGCAACAGCAACAGCAGUAACAGCAACAACAAUAGCAACAACAAUAACAAUUCAAUACAUCAACAUCUGCAUUCACCCAGUAAACUAACCGAAUUCGCGCGUAAUUUUGAGGAUAAGCCAGAUUCGCUAUUUGGUCGAGUGGUUAACAAAAUUCAAAAUGUUUAUAAUCAAAGCUAUAAUACAGUCAAUGAUAUGUCCAGCGGUACGAGCAGCAGCGUUCAAGUGGGCAAAUCGAAGUUCUAUGAUGAGCGCAAAUCGGCGAACGUCGAGAGAAGCGCUGCCAACUUGGACAGCGAUAGCACACAACACAGUUCAUCAAAUAGUUUGAACGCAGUUCGUCCGCAACCCCCAACAUCGCUGAAGUUGCGUAAAAGCAGCGAAACACAGAGCACUAGCACUACAACAACAGUCGAUGAGACAGCUGAAGCCAACGAGCGUAUCGACGAGCUACCUGGUGAAGCGAAUCAGGUUCGCACCGUCUCUAACGUACUCAAGCACAUCAGCCAUAUUGUUGCCUCAAAGAAUAACAACGACUUGCGCAACUAUAAGGAAACGGAGUUGCAGCAGUUGUGGAUGCCCGAUUCAAAGGCCAAGGAGUGCUAUGAUUGUGCACAAAAAUUCUCUACAUUUCGUCGCAAGCAUCAUUGUCGGUUGUGCGGGCAGAUUUUCUGCUCCAAAUGCUGCAACCAAGUUGUGCCAGGCAGUAUUAUACGCUGCGAGGGUGAUUUGAAGGUGUGCAAUUACUGUUCCAAAAUUGUGCUUACCUCCCUUAAAUCCUCCAGCUCGAACAUGGAUGAGAACAUGCAGGCAUUGCAGCAGCAUCUCAGCAACAAGCUCGAAGUGCAGGACAAUGCGCCCAACACUCUCUCCACACAGAAGCAGCCCGUACAGCUGUCCCGAAAGACGUCCCUGGGCUACCAAGAGGAGCGUUUUAGUUCGCAGGCGAACUAUACCAUGCUGUCCAUGGAUGAUCGCAAAUACAUACUGCAACAGUCCAACUCACUGAUCACUUUGCACGAAGAAAUGCAACGUGAGUUGCCAGUUCAAAACUGUGGCCAGCUGCUGAUAGAGUUUCUGAAUACGAACAACAAGUCGGCCAAUGAGGUGCAAGCUGUGGCCAUACUGAAUGCCAUGCUGGCGGCUGGCUUCCUUGAGCCAAUUGUACCCGAUACCGAGCAGACGGAGUUCGAUGCAACAUUGCACUACAGAUUUGCGGAGCUGUCACGUGCAGGUGCAGCGGUAGCUGUGGCUGUAGACAAAAGCAAUGACUGCUCCAAUCCUAUAAGUCCGCAAUUUGAUAUCAGCGCCGAGCCGCAGCCGCCGAAGUCCAUGGAUGUCUCCUUAAGCUUUCAGUCUGCCCACGAUCUGGAACUGGAGAAUGACAUGUGCUCUACGGCGGUUUCGACAAAGUUGCUAGAGUCUUAUUGUGAACAUGAGGAGCAGCUAUUGGCCCAGCUGUUGCGCGCCCAUCAACUGGAUGCCGAGUGGGGAAAAGUGUUGCAAACGCUUUGCUCGACGGCUGCGAAUCAUUUCAAACCGGAGUAUUGCACCAACGAUCUCAUGGACAUACGUAACUAUGUCAACUUUAAGAAGGUGCCUGGCGGCAGGCGCAAAGAUUCACAAAUUGUACACGGCGUUGCGUUCUCCAAGAAUGUCGCCCACAAGGACAUGGCCACGCAUGUCGAAUUCCCGCGCAUCCUGCUCCUCCAGUGCCCCAUUGUCUAUGAACGCAUCGAGGGCAAGUUUGUGACCAUUGAAACGGUGCUGCUGCAAGAGAAGGAAUACUUACGCAACGUCUGCGCCCGCAUUAUGAAGUUUGAACCGAACGUUGUGCUGGUGCACAAGAAUGUGGCUGGCAUCGCGCAAGACUUUCUGCGCUCCUACGGUGUAACCUUGGUGCUCGACGUCAAGCUCUCCGUCAUGGAGCGUCUAGCGCGAACGCUGCAGUGUGACAUAGUCAGCUCAAUUGAGUCGAAUAUUACAAUGCCCAAGCUGGGCUAUUGCAAUGGCUUCUACAUACGCAACUAUUCAGGCGGCAAGACUCUUAUGUUCUUCGAAAAUCUGAACAGUCCACGUGGCUACACCUGCCUGCUGCGCGGUGGCAACAAUGCCGAACUGACGCGCGUUAAGAAAGUGGCUUCGGCGCUACUUUUUGCGCGCUACAACUGGCGACUGGAGAUGUCCUUUCUGCUGGACGAGUUUGCGCAGCCACUGACUCCAAAGCCAUCUAUAUUCGACUCCAAAGAGCCGAGUCCCAACACAGAGAACGCUGCAGAGCAGCAAUCGGAGGGGGAGACGCAGCUGCGCUCAUCCAUCAAGCGACCACUAACUGAACGCAAAUCGGAUGAGAAGGUUACGGCCGCGGUCAGUGAGAAUGUAGCUGACUUUACGGAUCCCCUGCGAUCCUCUCAGAUCGAACCAGUAUCCAGCCCUGCGGCCAAUGUGCCAGCUUUGGCGGUAGAGAUGCGAUAUGACAACCGCUUCCGCAAUGCACUCAGCUCCACUGUGUUGUCCGUCAGCCCGUUUUUGACGUUUCCGCUGCCCUAUCUGGAGACAGAGCAAGGCCGCAACUGUAAGCUACGCAAACUCUUCCCUGCCGAGCUGUAUUUCUCCAAGCAGUGGUCGAAAUCAACCGGCGCUCUGGAGCGUCCCGAAAGUCUCGAAACGGAUCCACUCAAAUCCAAUGCCGAGCCAAGCAACAAGGAGAAUGAACAGCAGCUGCUGCCGGCACAUGAUUUUGUCAAAAUGAAGAUCACAACGGCGGUGACCAGUCGAGAUAUACAGACGCUUCUAGCUGAGUUUCGCUCCUUUGGUGGCCGCCUUCCCAAAGGCAAGGCGUCAAUGUUAAAAAAAAAGAAGAAGAUUAGCGAGGUAAUACAGCGACCGCAAAAGGUCACCGAUGAGCAGCUCUACAAGGAUGCACUCGAUCCACAGAAUCAUCAGCGUUUGCCGGUGCUCUUCUGCAGCUUUCACAAUAAUCCGAAAGAUGUUUCCUCCUUCUGUAAACUGCCCAUGCUGUUAGAUAUGAAAUUCUAUGGCCAGCAUGACAUCAUGCUGGAGCAGUUCCUGCAGCGAUAUUGCUGCCUCUUCAAUUCAAUGUGUCCGUCGUGCAAUUUGCCUAUGCUCGGUCAUGUCCGUCGCUACGUUCAUUCGCUGGGCUGUGUCCAUGUCUAUCUCACCGAUGAUUUAACGCGAUCCGAUCCGAAGCGCAUCUACUUCACCUCGUGGUGUAGCAUCUGUAAUGCAACGACGCCAGCUGUACCGCUUUCGGAUGCAGCCAAGCGUCUUUCCCUGGCCAAGUAUCUGGAGUUGCGCUUCCAUGGCCACGCAUACAAACGACGUCCGCCCACAGACACUGGCAGUGGAGCUGCUGAGCAGAGCAGUCCCUGUGAGCACUCACUGCAUCGGGACUAUGUGCAUCAUUUCAGUUUUCGUGGCGUUGGCGCCAAGUUUCAGUACACUCCUGUCGAGGUAUGGGAAACGGAAUUGCCGUCGCUGACGUUACAAUUGGAGCUGCCCAAGCCAUUCAUUGGCGUCCAAGUACAGGAGGAGAUCAAGAGCUUCUCGAUACGUGGCCAUGAGGUAUACACGCGCAUACACGAGCGCAUUGCCGAUCUGGCCACCGAGGAGGAGAACUCGCCAUUGGUGUCCACACUGAAGGCCACACUCACUAAGGAUCAGUUCACAUUCAAGCAAAAGGUAGAAAUUGUGCAUACGCUCUUGACGGAACAUAUGGUCAAUUCGUAUGAUAUAGCCGAUGCCCUUAUCAUGGCCAAGCGCGUCUUGGCCGAGAACAUUGAGCUGUGGGGUCCGCGUCUGCAUGAGAUCGAACAACUAGCCCAGAAGCACGCCAAGCAACCGCAUCACGUUGAUGCUGGUACCAUAUGCACCGAGGAGUUGCGACCAGAGCACCCAGAUGCCAUUGCCAGCCAGGAGCUGGCGAAGAGCAAAGCAAGCAGUCAGCAAGUGGAUGGAGCAGCAGUUGAGUAUGCCGGCGAAGAAAAUCCAGAUACGGAUAAGAAACUGACCGUGGACCAAAUGAUCGCAUCAACAGUGAACAUGAAGAAGUCUAUCAAGUCACGAUUGCUCACACGACGCCAAACACCAACUAGCCAGUCAAAUCUGCUGCAGACCCCGUUUUCGGCCCAGGAGCAUCUGACCCUGCCCAUGGGCUCCAUACCCGUGGUAGUGCGUGAAAACGAUCUUAGCUCGGUGAUUGCAUACAGUCUGACCUCUCCCGAGUAUCAGCGCUCUUUAACAGGUCUAAAUGCUGGCGAGGUAUCCGGCGGCGACGCCCAGUCCAGCCCGCAGCCGAAGCAUAAGCAACUGGACAGCGAUGCCGACGAGCCAGCUGUAAGUGUUGAAUCCGAGGAGCGUAACAAGGCGAAAGCACAGCCGCAGACGCAACAACAGCCGCAGCCACCAAGCGCACACGUCACACUCACCUUUGGCCCCAACAGUCAAUUCCAAUGCAAGAUAUACUUUGCGCGCGAGUUCGAUGCGAUGCGCGCCAAAAGCUUGAGUCCGCCCAAGUUGGAUAGAAUGCUCUAUCGUCGGCUGGAGAAGAGUAAAAUGCGCGAAGAGCUAAGAAUCUCACAGAAUCGCAACGGUUCCGAUAUCGAAAUCGUGCGCAAGCCCAGCGAUGUGUCCGGUGUGCCGCUCAAGGAACAGUUAGACGCCGAGGAGGAGUCACGUAUCGCUCUGGCACGAAGCCUCUCCAGCAGCGUGCAUUGGGAGGCCCGUGGCGGCAAAUCAGGCUCACGCUUCUGCAAAACGUUGGAUGAUCGAUUUGUACUUAAGGAAAUGGGCAAAAGGGAGAUGACUAUCUUUGACAACUUUGCGCCCGAGUACUUUGAGUAUAUAGCCAAGUGUCAGCAGCAGCAGCAGCAGCCCACGUUGCUGGCCAAGAUCUUUGGCGUCUUCAAAGUUAGCAUUAAAAAGAAGGACUCGUUUGUGGAGAAGACUCUGCUGGUUAUGGAGAAUCUGUUCUAUGGCUGCGAUAUAUCCGACAAGUUCGACUUGAAAGGCUCUGAGCGCAAUCGCUUGGUGGAUCCCACAAAUAUGAACGGCGAAAUUGUGCUGCUCGAUGAAAAUCUAGUGCAGAUGUCCUGGUCAAAGCCAUUGUACGUGCUGUCACACAGUAAAGCUGUGUUGCGGGAUGCCUUACAGCGUGAUGCCUCGUUUUUGGAGCGCAAUGAGAUCAUGGACUACUCCUUGCUGGUGGGAUUGGACAACAAACGAAACGUGCUAGUACUGGGCAUAAUAGAUUAUAUACGCACGUUUACGCUGGAUAAGAAACUGGAGUCAAUAAUCAAGCAAACCGGAUGGCUGGGCGGCGGCAUGGCCAAGCCGACAAUUGUAGCACCGCAACCGUAUAAGCAACGCUUUGUCGAUGCUAUGGAUCGUUAUUUCAAUACGGUGCCGGAUCGUUGGGAGGGACUCUCAAAGAUCUGACACUAAAACCUGCUGGCGUAUCAAAGAAACCAAAUAGCAAUUAGUUAAGCUCUUCAAAGCAUUGUUAACAUUGAUUUGAUAAAAGCAACUAACACUGUGCUUAAAACCACAUUUACCUAAAAUAGACGACAUAUCCGU